AUGUCCGACUCAACUUCCGAGGCGGCUCCGGCCUCGACGCCGCUCCAUUCCGCGAGGGAUAACCUCAACGAACCCUUCAAUGCCGGUGACCAAGCUUAUAUCCUCGUGUCGUCUGGCAUGGUCCUGCUGAUGAUUCCCGGCAUCGCCUUCCUCUACUCCGGCCUCGCUCGCAGAAAGUCGGCCUUGUCGCAAAUAUGGGUCGUCAUGAUGUCUUUCAGUGUCAUUGUCUUCCAAUGGUAUUUCUGGGGUUAUUCACUGGCCCUCAGCCCGACCGCCACCAACGGCUUCAUUGGCAACCUCGACAGAUUUGGCCUCCGCAACGCUUUGGGUGAUGAGUCUCCGGGCUCCCCCUUCAUUCCCGAGCUGCUGUACUCUUGGAAGAUGCAAUUCGCUGCUGUUACUGCUGCCCUCGUGAUCGGUGCUACUGCUGAGCGUGGUCGCGUCAUUCCCGGCAUGGUCUUUACUUUCUUCUGGGCUACUCUCGUCUACUGCCCUCUUGCGUACUGGGCCUGGGGCGCCGAAGGCUGGGCUUUCAAGUGGGGUGUUUUCGACUACGCUGGUGGCGGUCCCGUCGAGAUUGGUUCGGGUGUUUCCGCUUUGGCCUACUCUUGGGUGCUCGGGCGCCGCAACGAGAAGAUGAUGCUCAACUUCCGUCCCCACAACAUCUCGCUCAUUACUCUCGGCACUAUCCUUCUCUGGUUCGGAUGGCUCGGUUUCAACGGCGGCUCUGCUUUCGGCGCCAACCUCCGCGCUGCCAUGGCCUGCUGGAACACCUGCUUGACUGCCAUGUUCGCCGCCAUGACUUGGUGCCUUCUCGAUUUCCGCCUUGCCAAGAAGUGGUCGCUCGUCGGCUGGUGCUCCGGCACCAUCUCUGGCCUCGUCGCCGCCACUCCCGCUUCCGGUGUCAUCACUCCCUGGGCCAGUGUUUUGCUUGGUGUCGUUACUGGCGUUGCCUGCAACUUUGGCACCAAGAUCAAGUUCUACCUCCGCAUUGAUGAUGCUCUCGAUGUGUUCGCCGAACACGCCAUCGGUGGUAUCGUCGGUCUUAUUUUCAACGCCUUCUUCGCCGCCGACUACAUCAUCGGCCUGGAUGGCAUCAACUUGGGCGUUCAGGGUGGCUUCCUCAACGGCAACUGGGCUCAGCUCUACAAGCAGAUUGUCUACAUCCUUGCCGGCUGCGGCUAUACCUUUGUCGUCUCGGCUCUCAUCGCCAAGGCCAUCGACCUCGUUCCCGGCCUUCACCUCCGUGCUUCCACCGAGGCUGAGCUUCUCGGCAUGGAUGACGACCAGCACGGAGAGUUCGCCUACGACUACGUCGAGGUCCGCCGUGACUACCUUGCCUGGACUCCUGCGGAGAAGGAGCAGAGAGCUGAUGGCGAUGUUGUCGUCCCUCAGCACGGCAUCACCGGGCAUCAAGAGAUGGCCACUCGCUCCAGCGCCCCUCCCACACCCCCCUCGGAGCCCGCUACUGCUGUCGGGAAGGAGGAGAAGGUGUCCGGGUCUGCGACUGAUUAG